GCAGCAGCAGCAGCAGCAGACGAGCAGCUCCGAACAAACACCGCGCGGAUCCUCGACGCUCCGUGCGUUUACUGGUCUUUUCAGGAAGCAUGUGAUGACCCAUGCUCGGAGAAAAGCUUCCCUCAGCCAGUAUCAUGGCGAGGGGCGGGACCACGUAGAGGGCUGGUCACAUGGUGAAACUGUGGGCGGAGCCUGGCCUGCGCAUUCAUUCCGAGAGGGCAAGACCAAGAAAGGCAUGGCGAAGAAAGCCAAGACCGGUGGUCAGGAGAGUCACUGUUUGGGAAAACAUUCAGUGAAAAUGGAUGAAAGUACAAGCAAGAAAGGAAAGUCCAACGUCAUGAGCGAGCGCCAUCGGAAGCUCUACCCGUUGCGAGGAAGGGGCGUCACUUCGGACAACGAGCCCUUGAGUUGUCACGUUCUGCUCACUCGCCUAGAUGACGAGACCAAGAUGUGUGAGGUGGAUCCCAACAGAGUUGCAGGCCACAAAAAGACACCAAAACCCUGCAAGAAAGCAGGAAAAAGCCUCAAAACCAAACCAGAGGCCACCUUCGAUAAACCUACAGCUCAGGAGCCACGUAAACGUAGACUAGCCUCGCUCAACGCCGAGGCGCUCAACAGUCUGCUGCUGGAGAAAACCGACGGACCGUCGGGUGCCAAACUCGUGAAGAAACAAGCCGAAGGUUCGUCCGCUACGGAACAAACAAAGCCCUGCUCGAAGAGAGCCGAGAAGUCCGAGACGUGCCAAAAUCCCAAGCGGACGAAGACGGACGAGGCCGAAGCGAGUUUGUACGCUCCCACUCCCCGACGCUUGGCUGGACUCAACGCCGCCGCGCUGCUCAAGCUCACCAGCUCCACCACCGCAAACAAGCAGAGGAUCAAAACGGACAAUAAGAGCGUCUGCGCGUCAGGGAAGCAUGCGGUCCGCUGCAAACCCAAAGCGCAGACGUCCAAGAAGCACAGUUGGACGCAGCCGGAACAGGAAGGUGCCUGCGAAGUGUGCAAAAGCAGGAGCUUGGAGUCAAAACGGACUCCAGACAGUCACCGUUUGACUAAACCAGGAUACCACAGCAUGCUGGGAUAUCGUCCUGUGAAGCUGGUGAAGGAGGAGCAGGUGGAAACGGAACUGAGUCCGUACUACUGCUGUCCGCCGGAGGGUUCGGUGGAGUGUUGCCACCGGCUAGCGCUCUUCCUCGGCCAGAAGGCGUACGGGGAGAACGAGGAGCACCCGGUGGCGUCGGUCAAGCACGAGUGUCUGGUUCCGGCGCAUCCGGCCCUGACGCUCAGCGCCCAUCCCUGCCUGUGUGCGGAAACGUGCUACUCCAGCUACUACGUCCACAUCGCCCAUCCCGGGACGGCGAGUCUGAGCGCUCCGCCGCUGCCCUGCACGCACAGCCCCUUCUGCCCGCGCGGCCUCUCCGGGUCCAAACUGCUGGCCUCCUCAGGUAUCCCGCACCCGGCCUUCUGCGGGUCGGUCGGGUCGCCCUGCUACCGCGAGGCCUGUCGGGUCGGCGGAUACGCCUUCAGCGCCGUGCAGCCGGUCGCCAGCAGGACGUGCUCGUUCUCCGGCAACUGCUCCAACUGCAGCCAUCCAAUCAAAACAGAAGAGGAGCAUAGUUGCACGCUCCUCGUUCCACCGGCUCUGCCGCUUUCCGGAUGUCCCAGCGUGCCCCGAGUGAACCCGUCCUCCCCGGUCGUCCCGCGUCUUCUGUCCACGAUGUCCGACCGCAGGCAGGCAGAAGUCAGACUUAAGGUGGGCAAAGAAUGCCCUCAAAACACCAAGCCAUCCAACGGCUCGCUCACGAUGGGCCACACCAGAUCGUCCCGCAAACAACCGACGACGACUCCAGCAAGUGCCAAACAUCAGAAGAAGGGGAGCCGGCGACAGGCCACGAACGGGUGGCGUCCGGUCGGAGUCCCUACGGAGAAGGAGGUGUUUGUCGCGGGCGAUGACGAGACGGUUCUUCGUCAGUGUUAUGAAGGAGUGGAGCGGGACGGAGAGGUGAUCAGGGUACGAGACACGGUGCUCUUACGAUCCGGACCCCGCAAGAAAUCCCUGCCGUACGUGGCCAAGAUCUCAGCGCUGUGGGAAGACCCCAGAACAGGAGAGCUGAUGAUGAGUUUGUUUUGGUACUAUCGACCUGAGCACACGCAGGGCGGCAGAGAUCCCAGCAUGCACUGUGAGAACGAGAUCUUCGCGUCCCGUCAUCAGGAUGAGAACAGCGUGGCCUGCAUCGAGGACCGAUGCUACGUCCUGCCGUUAGCACAGUACUGUAGAUUUUGUGCCUUGGUGAAGCGCCGCUCGGAGGGCGUGUCCGACCGUGCCCAGCCGGUGCCCCGCCCCUCCGACAGCGCCGUCCCCUCCCACCGCCUCGUGCCCGACGGCGUGGACCCGCAGCUGGUGUACCUGUGCCGGCACGUCUACGACUUCCGCUACGGCCGCAUCCUCAAGAACCUGCAGUGAGAGCGCGAGUCUGUCUGCGCCGACCCGGUCGGCAUUCAGGGCUGUUAUACGGUGGCGAUGGAAGGACACGAUUGAGAACGCGACCGGACCGAGCUGCUUCAUCUGUCCACUGGUGAAUCUGCCUUCUUCAUUUCUCCUUCAGAGACUCGUUCAAACCUCGCUCCGCUCAUCAGAUCGCUGAAGGUUUGGUGUUUCUAUUCUUUGUCGUGCACACUGGACUGUCACACUGCUGAGGGAUGAUGGGAGAAUCUCUGAAGGAUCCAGAACGCUUCUUUAAAAAUCUCCAUUAGUCUAGUGUGGAGCCCGGACCAAGACUAGACCACAGAUCCAGACCAGGAGACCCAGAAAGGCCCGUUCACACCAAAAAUGAUGUAACGUAACGAUAUCACUUUAGUUCUAUGAGAAUAUUGAGCUCCACCACAACUAUAACGACCAAUAACAUCGUCCAAAUGACAGAAUCCAUCGUCUCUAAAGAGCUCGAGCAUUUAAAGACACAAAACUGCAGCAAGUGCUUAAAAUAAAUGUCACGUUUAAUUCAGUUUAAUUCAAUGUGACAUUUAUCAGCUUUUUUUUUUUUUUUUUUUUUUUGUUUUUUUU